AUGAACAAUUCACCAAUAAGAAAUCAGUCUUAUUACUAAGAUAAAAUUAGAUAUUAGAGAUCACCUUAUUCGGAUAAAGAAAAUAUAAUGAGUGAAGUUAAUUAGAGUCAAUAGACAUUCUAAAGAGAAGCAAUAGAAAUAUUGAAUGAUGUUACAGAGACAUCAAAAAUUGAUGAGUCAGUUUUAGACAGUAACCUUACAUUGUUUGAAAAGAUUACUCAUCAUAAAUGGUAAAUAAGAAGAUUAGUCUUAAUGAAUUUAACAGAGGAGUAUUAAAAGAAUUAAACUGUUUAUGAAUUUUAAUCAGCAUGGCUUAAAAAUAUAAUUAAUGAUAGCAAUUAAUUUGCUAUGACAGAGGGUCUUAAAUUCAUAUAAGUGUUUGUUAGAAGUUAACAAAUGAAUUAUCAUAUAUUACCCUACUUUAUUGGAGAUCUUAUUGAGAGAGGUUCAUUUGUUAAGUCUCAAAUCUAAGAUCUCGUAAUUGAAAUAUUAUUAUAAUGUUGCAAAACAAUAUAAGAUACUACUUUUAUCUUAUCAGAAAUCCAUAAAAAAAUAGAAGCUAAACAUCCUAAGAUAAUGACUCUAUGUUUAACAAUUAUUGAAAAGAUUCUUGAAUAAUAUCCUAAUCAUCUUGUCAAGUAUUUAUAAUUAUAAUUAAUUAUAGAGAUUAAAUAAGAGACUUAAUUGAAUUAUGUGUCUCAUUAGUUCAACAUACAAAUAAAGUAAUAAGAUAAAAGUCAAUAAAUAUCUUUUGCAAACUUUAUUAAAUGAUAUCAGAAAGUUUUGAAUAGGUUAAGAAAACUUAUUUAGAUAAACGAUUAAGACAAAUUCAAAUUAAAGAAUUAGAAUAAUUGUGUAACAAAAUUACAAAAAAAACAUAGAAGAUUGAUAUUCAAUCAAUAUAACCAACUAUUUAAAUCAUAGAUUUACAUACUUUAUUACCAGAUAAAUUUUUUGAAAUGCCUUACUAUAAACACAAUGAGAAAAAGAAUAUUACAGAAUAAUUUGCUAAGAAUUUAGAGAAAUAUGAUGGAGAUAUUGAUAAUUCUAAAGAUUAUGGGAGUAUUUAUGCAAUUAUUAUAACAUUACUUGAAGAAAGCAACUAUUUAAUAUAUAGUUAGGGUAUGAGAUGUGUUAAAGGAUUAGUAAGAUUAUUGAGAAGAGGAAUUCCAUAACCAGUAGCUAAACAUUUUUUUAUUUUGAUAUUAGAUAAAUUAAAAGGUUCUUUAUCUAAGCCUUUAUAAUCAGCUGUAUUUAAUCUUUUGGAAGAUAUAUUAAUUUAUGAAAAUAUAUCUUGUGAUUAAUUUAUGGAACUUAUGAUUAAUUAAUUAGAAUCAUCAAAAAAUAUUGGAUUAAAAAUAGCAUGUGCAAGAUGGUUUAAAGAUGGUUGGUUAGCCUUAGCAUUAGCAGUAUAAACAGGUUCAUAUGAAUCUUCUGAUUCUGAAGUAUUAAAGAAAUUUGCAUAGUCUAAUAGUGAGAAAAUAUAGAAAUCACUUCUUAUUUUAUAUAAAAAGGUAUAAUGUAUUUUAAAAAAAGAAAAUAAUUUAAAUUAUAAGAAAGUUUUAUUAGAUUUAAUUAAUUCUAUGUAAUAUGAUGAACAAAAUCUUUAGGUUACUGUAAUUGAAUCAUAGAUAGCAAUUGUUAAUCCAUAAUUAGAUUUAUAAGAAUCAAGGAUAACAGAUAAAUAAUCAAGAAAAUAAUAAUAAAUGAAUUCUGUAAAAAGUAGAUAUUAAACUGAUGAAGAUUUAUGUGAAUUUGCUUAGAUUGGAGAAGAAAUGUAAAAUUUUAAUUAAGCUAACAGAAAUAGAUAAAGUAUAGAAUUACCUACUUCUUAAUUAAAUAAAGAAUAAAUAGAAUUUAUGAAUAAAUUUAGUAAUGAUCUAAUAUAAUUAAGAAAAUUAUCAUAAAAUAAUUAAGAUCAACAAAUUUAAAAUAAAAUAGAAGAAAUUAUAAAUUCAUUUAAAAUUCAUUAUUCAGAUAAAAAUAUUACCAGUAAUGAUUUCUUAUAAUAAAUGACAAAUAAUAUAAUAAUAGAAUUAGUUCAUUUCUGUAAAAAUGUUCAAGUCUAAAAAAAACUAAUUGCUGAUAAAUUGUAUGAUUUUAUUAUUACAUUAUUAAUAAAAAUGAAUAAAAUUUAAGUAACAUUGGAUUAAGAAAUGCUUUAUUAAGAAUAUAAGAUAUGUUUAAUUUAAUUAAAUCAAUUGGAUAUUUCAAAACUAUUAUCACUUUUAGAUAGUUUAUACAUUUGUAAUUCAUUAGAAAGUAUGAUCAAAAUAGGAUACAGAAUUAUUAAUAAAUAUCUUUAGAAAUAAACAAAUACUAAUAUUAAAAUCUUAUAAGCAUUUAUUAAUUGGAUUACAUAAAAAAUUAAUGCUGCAACUUAACAACAAUUAGAUCCUUCUUUCAUUAGAACUACAUAAAAAACUUUUGAAAGUACUUUUAAAAUGUUUCCAUAAACAUAAUUAGAUAUAAGAUUAUUAUUAAAUGCUUUGAAAAGUCGUAUGAUAAAUUAAUAAGUGGAAUAAUUAGAUUAAUAUUAGGAUUUAUUAAAUUAAUCAUAAAGAAAAUCUAAAUCUAAAUCUUUUGGAUCCUAAUCUAGAUUUUCUCCAUAUGAAACACCAAACAAAACAUAAAGUAAAUUAGAGUUUUCUGAUUCUGAAGAAUAAGAAAGUUUGGAAUCAUUAUAAUAAAUAGAAUAAUAGAUUUCUACAUAAUUUACUUUAUAAUCAUUAGAAAAAUUUAUACAUUAUUUGAAUCGUCAUAGAGCUUAUUAACUUUGUAAUCAAUCAUAACAUACAGUAUUUUUAAGUCCAAAUUCUAGUUCACCUGGUAAACAUUGGAGAAGAGGUAUUGGAAGGGAUAAUAUGAUUAUAAGUUCUCCAAAUAGAUAAUUAUAUGAAAGUACUAAAUUUGAAGAUUUCACUAGAAUUUUAGAAAUUGUUUGUUAAAAUUUCAAUUUUUAAGUUUAAAAUCAAGUUUUUUAAAUCUUUUAUUUGCUUAAACAUAUUUUUCCAAAUUGUCAAUAAUGUUUAAUUUACCUUAUCUUUGCUUAUAUUUGUCCAAAAACAGAAUAUUCAGAAAAUUUUGAAGUUUUCUUAAGUACAUUUUUAUAACUUGAUAAAAAUAUUAUGGCAUACUAAUAUAGAUAAGCAUUUAAUAUCUUAUAUUAAAAAUAAGAAAAUGAAAAAGUAUUAAUUAAUUUAAUACAUACAGGAUUUAACUUUCUUUUUUAAAAAAUAUUCGAAAAUGAUUUACUAGUUUGUAUUUAGUAUUUCAUUUCUACUUUAACUUAUAUGCUCACAUAGAAUAUGUUUUAUUAAUUAGCAAAUGAUUUAUUAAGUAAAUAUUAAUAAUAAACUAAUAAUUUUAAUUAAAUUGUAGAGAAUGAAUUAAUUAAUUAUAAAAAAUUAUAUGAUACUUAUUUAAAGUGGUUAUAGAUUUAAUAAUAAACAUAUGAAAAACCUUAAAUUGACUUUUAAAAAUUAUAUAAAUAACAAUAAAAUGAUAUUUUGAUUGUUGAUCUUUAGGAAAUUGAUGAAUGUGCAUCCAAAAGAGAAGAAACUGUUAGAGAAUAUAUAAAUAAUAGUUAAUAAGAAAAUUUUAUUCAUAUAAAUAAAGAAGAUUUUGAAUUAUUGGAAAGUACAGCUAAAAAUUUCCUUUCUCAAUAAACAUAAAGAUUUAAUGAAGAAGGAUAAUCACAAUAAACAGAUAUUUUAAAUAUAUAAUAAUUCAUUAGUCCUUUAUAAUAAAUAAGUCAAAUCAGUAAUUAAAUGCAUGAUACAGUUAUUUAAGAUUUAGCAAAGAAUCUUUAUUCAAAUGAUACACAUAGAUUAAAAGAGUUGGAUAUGAUUAAACUAUAAAAUGAUACCUAUAGAUAACAUAAAAGAGAUAGUAACAAAUAAGUUUAAGAAUCAUAUCCUUAAGUACCAUUAAAGGAUCCAAUGAAAUAAAAGAUUGAGAAGAUUUAUGAAGAAGUACAAAAUGAAUCAGUACAUGGUAAUUUUAAUGAAAAAAGUCUACUUGUAGAUGUUUUAGCCCCUAUUGAAACAACAUCUUUGUUUGAUUAAUCUAGAAACUUAAAAAGAAAUGAAUGCAUUUAGCAAAUGUAAGAAAUUUUAUUAACAUCAACAUCCUUAUAUUUUGAUGUAGCAUCAACAUUACUUCUUUAAUAUGAAAAUUUAGAUAUGGCUGAAGAUAAAUUGGCAUUCAUAAAUGAUCUUAAAUUAUCAUUAGUUAAUUAAACUUUAUUAACAAAUAUUAAUCAACAAAACUUUUCUGUAAUUAUUGCGAUUGUCUUAAAAUUAUGUACAACUGUAAUUUAUUAUAUAUAUAUAUUUAUAUAGCCUGCAACAUAAUCUGAAAUCUAUAACAGUUCAUUAGGAUAUGAUGAUAAUCAAUUGACAAAGUCUUUAUAAUAAAUCUUAGAUGUUCUUUUACACUCUAAAGAUACUGAAUAGGUCUUGAUUUGUUUAAUACAUGUAUUUAACGAUCAUUUACCUAUGGAUUUCACAAAUGAAAUUUCAAAAAGUAUAUCAAAUUUUUAUAUAAUUUUAUUAGAUGAAAAAAUGAUGUUAAGACUAAAUUUAAAAUGUAUUGAGAGAUUGAUUUAAAAUAGUGAAAAAUUACAUGUUUUUGGUAUUUUAAUUGAAAUACUUAAAUUCUUUAAAUGUCAUCCUCCUGAAAAUUUAAUUGUAAUUCAAUAAAAAUAUUAUAAUAUAGGAAGGUUUACCCUCAAUUAAAGAAUUAGAAUUAUAUUUUAGAUAAUUGAAAUAAAUUACUGACAAUUUAUUGAAUAUCAAUUUUAAAGAAGGAAAAGAAUUUUUGGAUUUUGUUUACAGAAAAAAUAAUAAAAGCAUUUUUUUAGAUUAUGUCAAAAGUGUGAUUGAAAAAAAAUGA